GUCAGCAUCUGUGAAGAUGGCGAUCUGUAGACGUGUUCCUCUGCUCCUCGUUUUCUUCUGCAGCUUCUCAUCUUUACAUCAGACCCAAGCUCAAAACAACGUCCCCUUCAAACUCGGAGUUAAUGCUGAAAGGGUCCAGAAUCCCGGUGGAGGUCCGGUACUCGCUGCGGCGAACCCCGGCACCGGUGAUCGGUUCCAGGCUGCUGCGGCCUCGCUGACUCGGAGGCGUCCUGCCGGCUGGAAGCUGUCUGAAGAGGCGGUGUGCAGAGAGGACCUGGCCCGGCUCUGCCCCAAGCACUCCUGGAACAACAACCUGGCGGUCCUGGAGUGUCUCCAGGACAAGAAAGAGGAAACUGAGAUUGCCUCGGAGUGCAACCAUCUGCUGUGGAACUACAAGCUGAACCUGACCACCGACGCAAAGUUCGAGUCCGUCGCUGUGGAGGUCUGCAAGACGACUAUCCCGGAGAUUAAAGAAUGCGCUGCAGAGGAGCUGGGAAAAGGCUACCUGGUGUCCUGUUUGGUGGAACACCGGGCCAACAUCAGUGACUACCAGUGCAACCAGUACAUCACCAAGAUGACCACCAUCAUCUUCAGUGACUAUCGCCUGAUCUGUGGCUUCAUGGACAAGUGUCGUGAAGACAUCAACUCGCUGAAGUGCGGCAGUGUCAACACCGGACAGAAGGACGUCCACUCUCAGGGUGAGGUGAUCUCCUGCCUGGAGAAGGGGUUAGUUCGUGAAGCUGAGGAGCAGCCGGGCGCCCACCACAUCAAGGAAGACUGUAAGAAGUCCAUCAUGAGAGUGGCGGAGCUCUCCUCUGACGACUUCCACCUCGACCGCCAUCUGUACUUCGCCUGCAGAGACGACAGAGAGCGCUUCUGCGAAAACACUUUAGCCGGAGAGGGCCGAGUUUACAAAUGUCUCUUUAAUCACAAGUUUGAGGAGGCCAUGUCUGAGAGGUGCCGUGAAGCGCUGACCACCAGGCAGAAGCUGAUCGCUCAGGACUACAAGGUGAGCUACUCGCUGGCUAAAGCCUGCAAGUCUGAUCUGAGGAAGUACCACUGCAGCGUGGACUCCAACAUGCCUCGAGCCCGAGAGACUCGCCUGUCCUACCUGCUGCUGUGUCUGGAGGCCGCAGUGCAUCGAGGUCGUUUGGUCAGUGGAGAGUGUCAGGGUGAGAUGAUGGACUACAGGAGGAUGCUGAUGGAGGAUUUCUCUCUGAGUCCUGAGAUUGUGCUGCAUUGUCGCAGCGAGAUCGAGCUGCACUGCUCUGGUUUGCACCGAAAAGGUCGAACGCUGCACUGCCUGAUGAGGGUGGGCCGUGGAGACAUGGGAGCCAUCGACGCCAAGUGUCAGAACGCGCUCCAGACGUUGAUCCAAGAAGCCGACCCUGGAGCCGACUAUAGAAUUGACCGUGCGCUAAACGAGGCCUGUGAAUCCGUCAUCCAGACGGCCUGCAAACACAUCCGCAACGGAGAUCCCAUGAUCCUGUCAUGUCUGAUGGAGCAUUUGUACACCGAGAAGAUGGUGGAGGACUGUGAACAGAGGCUGUUGGAGCUGCAGUACUUUAUCGCCAGAGACUGGAAGCUGGACCCCAUCCUGUACAAGAAAUGUCAGGGAGACGCUGCUCGACUGUGCCACACUCUGAGCUGGAACGAGACCAGCGAGAUGAUGCCAGCUGGCGCCAUUUUCUCCUGUCUGUAUCGCCACGCUUACCGGUCUGUGGAGCAAGGCCGAAGGUGGAUAAUCAGUGGUGGUUCUCCUUCUGCUUGUCCACAGAUUCAGAUCAAAGAUUUCCGCUUCUCCUACAAGUUUAAGACUGCCUGCAAGGAGGACGUUCUCAAACUGUGUCCCAACAUCAAGAAGAAGGUGGACGUGGUGAUUUGCCUCAGCUCCACGGUGAGAAACGACACCCUGCAGGACGCCAAGGAGCAGCGAGUGUCCGUCAAAUGUCGUAAACAGCUGCGAGUGGAGGAGGUGGAGAUGUCGGAGGACAUCCGCCUGGAACCAGAGCUCUACGGCUCGUGCAAGCAGGACAUCAACCAGCUGUGUCAGAACGUGGCCUUCGGUAACGCACAGGUCAUCGAGUGUCUGAAGGAGAACAAGCGGAAGCUGACUCAGCGCUGCCAUCAAAGAAUCUUCAAGCUGCAGGAGGUGGAGAUGGUUGAUCCUGAGCUGGAUUAUCAGCUCAUCAGAGUCUGCAAGAACAUGAUCAGGCGGUUUUGUACAGAGUCAGACGGGAAGAACGUCCUUCAGUGUCUGAAACAGAACAAGAACGGCGAGCUGAUGGAUCCAAAAUGCAAACAGAUGAUCACCAAGAGACAGAUGACCCAGAACACAGACUACAGGCUGAACCCAGUGCUGAAGAAGGCCUGCAAAGCUGACAUCCCAAAGUUCUGCCAGUCCGUCCUGAACAAGGCGGCAGCAGCUGAUAUCGAGCUGGAGGGUCAGGUCAUCUCCUGCCUCAAGCUCAGAUACGCAGACCAGCGCUUGUCUCCAGACUGUGAGGAUCAGAUCCGGGUCAUCUUGCAGGAGUCUGCGCUGGACUACAGACUGGACCCUCAGCUGCAGAUGCACUGCACACAGGAGAUCUCCCGUCUCUGUCCGGAGGAGGCUGCAGCUCAGGAGCAGACGGGACAGGUGGAGGAGUGUCUGAAGAUCAACCUGCUGAAGAUCAAACAAGAAGCCUGUAAAAAGGAGGUGUUGAACAUGCUAAAGGAGAGCAAAGCGGACAUCUUUGUGGACCCUGUUCUGCACACAGCCUGCGCUCUGGACAUCAAGCAUCACUGCGCUGCCAUCCCACCCGGCCGAGGACGCCAAAUGUCGUGUCUGAUGGAGGCGCUGCAGGACAAACGUGUUCGUCUGCAGCCGGAGUGCAAGAAGAGACUUCAGGAUCGCAUCGACAUGUGGAGCUACGCUGCCAAGGUACAGAGCUACGUGUCGGAGCACGUCGUGACACUGAGGGGGGGCCGGCUCGUGCACGUCUCGUCACCAGAGACGUUGGCUCGGGGCGGCAGCUCCUUCUGA